GUGCAAAAAAAACAUUGGAUGCUAUACUUUCUCCGCGGGUGUUCAAGAAUUUUUAGUGUUAAUUUAAACCGUAAAUAUGUAAAAUAACUAGAAAAAGAUCCCAAGUAUUAAAUUGACGAAAUUAUUUAUAAGCCUGUUCUCUCCUGGUUUUUGCAUUUGUAACGUCCCUCUCGGUUUUUGUAACUUUAACAAAAAGUUAUGUAAUGCCCGUCUUUACCAAAACUGGUGUGGUUUCUACCGAUAUUAACUCUGACGAUUUAAAUCUAAUCGAUCGAGGUGCUUCUUCAUUUUUUGGGUGCGUAGAAGAUUUGAUGAAUGUAAUGAAGGUUUGGUUGUACAACAACAUUUUUGGAAUAGAAUUAAAACAAGAAUCUGAAGAAUCGCAAUCGUUUUUCCAGUCAUUGAUGGUGUAUAUUGGAUUUUAUGAUAAACCAGAACAAAGCGGAUUUCCAAAUUCGAGUAAUUUAUCGAUUCUCGUCUUAAUUUUUGCACUAUAUUUCGGAUAUUUAUUUAUGGCGACGAAAUGUUUUAACCUUCCCAAACCAAUCGAUAGAUCUAUUUUUAUGAGGAAAUUCGUCAAUUAUUGGAAUACAAACGAAGAAAAUGAUUUUACUGCAACCCAUGAGCAAAUAGAAGAAGAAGACAAUCCCGAUUUGGAUUCUUUUGGUUAUUCGUCAUGCUCCAUCUGUUGUAAUCAACGUCAAAAAUUAUCGUUGGAAUCUCAAACUGAUUUAACUAGACUUGUACAACCUGUGGAAAUCGUUAAUUUUCCAUCUUGUGAUAUUUGUGAUCCUGGGAGAUGAAUUAAAAAUGAUAUCUAUA